CAUUAAUGCAGAGGGUUCAGUGGAAGAGUUGGAGAAGACACUGGUGGAAAACCCAAGAAUAAAAAGUAUUUGUGACAAGGCUUGAGUAGACAUUGCAUCUGAAGAGCCAAUUGUGUGUACAUGGUUGCAGAGAGUUUUGGUCUGAGUGUAAAAAAAAAAAGGAUUGGAUUAACCACUGAAUCCCCUAACUUGGAGUUCUUUUUUUGAAUCUUUUGUUAAUAUUUUGUUUUUGCUUUCUUGUGAAUACUACUUUCUCGUACAACAACAAUGUUGAAGGUGGAGGAAACCAUUAAGAGAAAGGAUGAGAGUGGAGAGGAGAACAUGCCAUUGCCCAUGGGAGCCUCUCCCAUGCCGCCGGGAAGGAUUGGUCUUCCAAGCGCUACACCCGGCGGCAUCUAUGCGGCCAUUUUGAAUCGUAACCACACAGUCCUUGACGCUAAGCGGCUGAAGAACUUUAUAGAGCUGAGGGAUAAGUACUUUCACAAAAAAGUGCUGUUUGAAGACCCCCUGUUCCCUGCUGAUGAUUCCUCCCUGUUCUACAGCCGCAGGUUCCCCAUCGAGUUCCAGUGGAAACGUCCACCUGAAAUCUGUGAAAACCCCCAGUUCAUUGUGGGAGGAGCCAACCGGACAGACAUCUGUCAGGGAGUCCUGGGUGAUUGUUGGUUGCUGGCCGCCAUGGCCUCCCUGACUCUGAAUGAGAAGCUGCUUUACAGAGUCAUUCCUCCUGACCAGAGCUUCACAGAAAACUAUGCUGGAAUCUUCCACUUCCAGUUCUGGCGUUAUGGUUCCUGGGUGGACGUUGUUGUUGAUGACCGCCUCCCCACAUACAAUAACCAGCCGGUUUUCACCAAGUCGGCCAAAAAUAAUGAGUUCUGGAGUGCUUUGUUGGAGAAGGCUUAUGCCAAGCUGCAUGGUUCCUAUGAGGCCCUGAAAGGGGGGAAUAGUACGGAGGCCAUGGAGGACUUCACAGGAGGAGUGACUGAGUUCUAUGAGACAAAGGAUGCACCCAAGAACCUCUACAGUAUCAUGAAGAAAGCUCUGGACAGAGGAUCGCUCAUGGGCUGUGCUAUUGAUGAAUCCCUGGGCUUCACUGCCCCUCCCAAUGUGUUGGACCCCAUUAUUGAAAAGAUGCUUGCUGCUGCCCAGGCAAGCAAACCUGAGGAAGCUCAGUCAGGGGUGAUCAUUACAAUUCGGCAAGAACCCAAAACUCCCUUGGGACUUGUCCUUGGCCAUGCCUACUCUGUUACUGGAGUCGAUGAGUGCACAAUGACUGACAGCAAGAAGACGAAGGUGCGUCUCGUACGCCUUAGGAACCCAUGGGGCAAUGUGGAGUGGUGCGGUCCAUGGAGUGACAAGGCCAAGGAAUGGGCGUCUCUCUCCACCCCAGAGAGGAAACGAUUACAGCAACAGAACACCGCGGAGGGAGAUUUCUGGAUGUCUUUCAAAGACUUCACAAGGCAAUUCACCAAGGUGGAGAUCUGCAACCUCACCCCUGAUACCCUGGAGGAAGACACGGUCCAUAAAUGGACGGUAUCUGUUAACGAAGGCCGCUGGGUACGAGGUUGUUCCGCUGGGGGAUGCCGAAACUAUCCAGACACAUUCUGGACAAACCCGCAGUACCGGCUGCGCUUGCUAGAGGAGGAUGACGACCCUGAGGACGAAGAGGUGGCGAGCAGUUUUGUUGUGGCACUGAUGCAGAAGAAUCGCAGAAUGGAGCGCAAGGCAGGCGGGCAGCUCUUCACCAUUGGAUUUGCUAUCUAUGAGGUUCCUAAGGAGAUGCUAGGCCAGGAGCAGCACCUACCGAAAGACUUCUUCCUGUACAAUGCCUCAACAGCCAAAUGCAAGACGUAUAUUAACCUGCGGGAGGUUUCUCAGCGGUUCCGUCUGAGCCCCGGAGAAUAUGCCAUCAUUCCCUCCACCUUCGAGCCCCACCGCGAGGGAGAGUUCCUCCUCAGGGUCUUCUCUGAGAAGAGAAACAUAUCUCAAGAGAUAGAGAACAAGAUUGAAGCUGACCAUCCGGUGAUAGAAAAGUCAAAAAAGAAGAAGGCAAAGCCCAUUGUUUUUGUGUCAGAUAGAGCAAAAGCCAAUAAGGAGGUAGAGCUAGAAGAGUAUGAGGAGCAGCAGAUACCCAAUGGGAAAAAGGACAUGAAAAAGCCAGUUCCCGCAAAGGAAGAAACUGAGCAGGAGCGGCUGUUCCGUAGCAUCUAUGAGCAGAUUGCUGGAGAGGAUAUGGAAAUUUCAGCCAAAGAGCUGAUGAAUGUCUUUAAUAGGGUGCUGGCAAAACAUAAAGAAUAUAAAACAGAGGAUUUCAGUCUGGAGAGCUGCAGAAGUAUGAUAGCCCUAAUGGACACUGAUGGAUCGGGAAAACUGAACCUGCAGGAGUUCCAUCAACUAUGGAGUAAGAUCAAAAAGUGGCAGGGGAUUUUUAAUCGCUAUGAUGUCAACAAGUCUGCCACCAUUGACAGCUAUGAGAUGAGGAAUGCAGUUAAUGAUGCAGGCUUCCAUCUCAACAAUGAGUUGUAUCACAUCAUCACAAUGCGCUAUGCGGAUGAGAAAAUGAACAUCGACUUUGACAGUUUUAUCUGCUGCCUGGUGCGACUUGAAGGCAUGUUCCGGGCUUUCAACGCCUUUGAUAAAGAUGGAGAUGGCAUUAUCAAGCUCAGUGUCCUGGAGUGGCUCCAGUUGACUAUGUAUUCCUGAGGUACGCCACCCCCACACCCCCGAAGAACCCCUGUCUCUCUGCUAUACUGUGCCUGGGUCAAAUCCUGUCAGCAUCUUCAUCACUUCCUUUUCAGUUAAACUUCAAAUGCUUUAUUGGCUUGACACAUGCAGUGCUGUAGAACUAUUAUUUCAUGAAUUCCCCCCCUGGGGAUACAUAAAGGAAUAUCUAUCUAUCUAUUGAUGAUGAAUUAAUUGAUGGUUAAAAUCUACUCACUGAAAUGUUAAGUUCUCAAUAGUGUAUAUGGGGCAAGACUGAGAAUAAGACUCUGCGGUAAGUCUAAUUAGAUUUGUAAUGACCAUGCCAUACAGUAUAUACUCCAAUACUACCACAAAUGUACUUACCUGUUCUCAUUACAGAAUUCUUUCAUUAUUGGGGUUGGAGGUGAGCUCUGUAAACUGGGUUAUUAUGACAUGUCCAGUUAUGGUGUUACACCCUGAUAUUCACAGGGCUUCGGGGAAGUAUGUAGUUCGCCCAUACUCCUGUAGGUGGUAGCAAUACCACAGACUGCCAUUUCCGAUACGGUGAGAAAAAUAAAUAAAAAUAAAUCUUCAGUCA